CUCCCAAUGGCUGCAAAAUCCUAAUAGCCAACCUCAAGGAUUCGGUUUCAUCUUCUUCGUACAGAUCCAUGUAUAAAACCUCGCCUGAACCCUAAUUUCGCUGAGAUUCGAUCGGAUGUUAACUUCUAAAUCCUGAUAUCUCCCUCGACUCGUCUCUGAUAAUUUUCAUCGUUAUAAGAACUAGGUUUAAGACUCUUCAAGAGCAGAUUCGUUGCAAUGAAGGAAGAUUUUGUGCCCGAGUCUAUAGGCGGCGGUAUCAGUUCGGUUUGGCAAUCCCCGGUUAAGCGGAUGGCUGUAGACGGUGGUUCUUGUGGGGAGACUGGUGAUAGGAGUAGGACUAGCUGUAAGAGAAUUAAAACGACUCAGGUCAAUGGUUUUAUUGUUUACACUAGAACUAGGAAGACUAAAUUCACCAAGCUUCACGAGGAAGAUAAAAAUCCUGGAUUGUUGGAAAAUGGAAUGUCGAAUCAUCUCGAGAAGUCAAAACCAGCAAGUGGUGUUACAAAUGGGUCAGUUGAUAUGUGUCACAACAAUUCCAUAGCUGAAACUAACAUUAGUGGGAGCUCUUGUGUCAAGAAUACAAUUGUUGAAAGCCCUGCUGGGACUGCGGAAGAGAGGGUACAUACUGGCAGCUUGCCUGAAAGUCCGGCAGUUGAGACUGAAAAUAGCUCUCUAGUCGAUGUUGUAAUUGAUGACAUCGAUUUUGUAGAACUGUUAAAUGAAGAGAUUCCUGUUGAAAUUCUGUCUGAAGGAAGCCUAGAUUUUGAGAUUAAGAGACUAGGAACUAAAGUCAGAACCAUGGGAAAAUCCUAUAGCGUGUCGAAGGAGAAAAGGCAUGGAUCUUUUAAGCGUACAGCACAGAUCUAUAAAUCACUUUUGAGAGUGAAGAAGGUAAACAACAUGGUGCCUGAGGAUGUAGAGGUUCUUGGGGAACCAGAGUUUGAUCAUGAGGGUUUAGAUGAACAGAGUCAUUCUGGCCGUCUGGCGGACAAGUCCGUUUCACUCCGCAGGAGGCCAGAAACAGUGAGGGAACUUUUUGAGACUGGUAUACUCGAUGGUGUGUCGGUGGUUUACAUGGGUACUGUUAAGUCUCAAGCCUUUGGUCUCCGUGGCAUCAUUAAAGAUGGUGGAAUUUUGUGCUCAUGUUCCUCAUGUGAUUGGGCUAAUGUUAUUUCAACUUCCAAAUUUGAGAUUCAUGCUUGUAAACAAUACAGACGAGCAUCGCAAUACAUUUGUUUUGAGAAUGGUAAGAGCCUGCUAGAUGUUCUGAAGAUUAGUAGGAACACUCCUCUACAUGCACUUGAAGCAACAAUUCUUGAUGCUGUUAAUAGUGCUUCUAAGGAAAAAUGUUUCACCUGUAAAAGAUGCAAAGGUGUCUUCCCAUUAUCCUCUCUUGGCCAUAGAGGGUUUCUGUGUAUGUCAUGCUCGGAUGUAGAAGCUUCUCAGGCCAGCCCUGCUACUACAGGGACCUUAAAUAUUGCUCCUGCAUGCUUAACAUCUCCGAUUAAGAGUAGAUUGAAGAUAACAAGAAAGCCGUCAGAAUCCACAUCACAGUCUCCUGUAUUUAUGUCACCACUUGGAAAUAGCACUCGAAAGAUAACAAGAAAGGCAUUACAUCAAGCUUUGGUUGGAAAGGCUUAUCUCAGUACUUCUACAAAUAUAUCUUCACAAAAUAAGUGCAGAACUAAAUUUAAGAAAAAGUUCACCCAACAUUCUGUGACCCCCAAGGCUUUAACAAACGUGUCCCUUCCUGUUUCUUCGAAAAAGAGGAGUUAUAGAUUAACAAGAAAAGAUCAUGGAUUGCAUAAGUUAGCGUUUGAGAAAGGGGGAUUACCAGAUGGAACUGAACUAGGAUACUAUGCCCGUGGACAGAAAUUGCUCGGAGGCUACAAAAUGGGCGCUGGAAUAUAUUGUUACUGUUGCAAGUGUGAGGUGAGCCCCUCUCUGUUCGAAGCUCAUGCAGGCUGGGCAUCCCGUAGAAAACCUUAUUUUUACAUAUAUACAUCUAAUGGUGUAUCUCUUCACGAAUGGGCAACUACUUUCUCACAAGGUCGGAAAUAUUCUGCUAACGACAAUAAUGACCUGUGUGUUAUUUGUGCUGAUGGUGGAAAUCUUUUGCUCUGCGAUAGCUGCCCAAGAGCCUUCCACAUAGAAUGUGUUUGCCUUCCAAGUAUACCUCGUGGUAACUGGCAUUGCAAAUACUGCGAGAAAAACUCCAAGAGCGAAAUUGCUGGAGAGUACAAUGUUAAUACUUCUGCAGUUGGGCAACUAGAAGGAGUUGAUCCUGUUGAUCCUGUGGAUCAGUUAACUGGACGAUGCAUUCGCGUUGUCAAGAACAUGGAAGCUGAAACAAAUGGGUGUGUAUUAUGCAGUGGUUCUGAUUUUUGUAGAUCAGGAUUUGGGCCACGGACAAUCAUAAUAUGUGAUCAGUGCGAAAAAGAGUACCACAUCGGAUGUUUGAGUAGUCAGAAUGUUGAGGAAUUAAAGGAAUUACCUAAAGGAAAUUGGUUUUGUUCCAUGGACUGUACGAGAAUAAACUCCACAUUACAAAAGUUACUCCUUGGUGGGGCGGAGAAGCUUUCAGAUUCUUCUUUGGGAAUAAUACAGAUGAAACAAGGGAGAACUGAUGUAGACUCCAUCAGUGAUCUUGACAUCAGAUGGAGACUGAUCAGCGGCAGAGUUACUUCUCCUGAGAGCCGAAUGUUACUGUCUCAGGCAUUGGCUAUUUUUCAUGAUUGCUUUGAUCCUAUAGUUGAUCCAAUUUCUGGGCGCAAUCUUAUUCCAAGAAUGGUUUAUGGAAAGACUAUGCAAGGACAAGAUUACGGGGGAAUCUGCUGUGCUGUUUUGACUGUUAAUGCGACUGUUGUUUCUGCUGGACUACUACGAGUAUUUGGCCGAGAGGUUGCAGAACUUCCAUUAGUUGCAACACGCAUGUGCAGCCGAGAGAAGGGCUACUUUCAAUUGCUCUUUUCCUGCAUUGAGAAGCUACUCUCAUUCCUUAAUGUUGAAAGCAUCGUGGUUCCAGCAGCUGAAGAGGCAGAGCCCUUAUGGAUGAACAAAUUUGGGUUCAGAAAACUUGUACCUGAACAGCUCAGCAAGUACAUAAAGACAUGCUACCAAAUGGUGAGGUUCAAAGGAGCAUCCAUGCUGCAGAAACCGGUGCACUUGCAUCAAGUCAUUGACAAGAAGAUCGAAACCGGUGUAUCUUUAGAAGAAAAUUUUGAUUUGAAACAAACCCAAUGAGUUGUAUGUCCAUCCUUUGUGUUGAGAUGAAGCAAGUCAUGUAUUUGGUUAAAGAUGCGUAGACUUGUGUAAAUUUUGUAGAUGCGGAGCUCUCUUUUUUGUUACAUUUUAGGUUUCACAUUUUUUACCUUUUGGUCAUUUUUGGGAACAAAAGUUUUAGUACCAAUAUUUUUGUUUUGAUUAUACAGUAUCAAGAUGGUUACAUUCUUGAUCAA